CAAGCCAGGCAGUUGGUUGAGAGACUUGAGUUGGAUGAAGAAGGCGGGAAUCCAGUUCUCUUCCAUGUAGCUCUCCCAUCUCGCCCUCUGGCGGCUCCGGAUGGCAGGGGGAUUUCGAGCGGCUCCGGGCUGGCUCCACGGUGGGCCCUGAGCUUACACCGUUCCCUCACCCCCACCCCGGGGAGCACGGAGCCCCGGGGGUCGCCCCCGCCGCCCCGGCGUUCCAAAUGGAAGAGGAGGGGCCAGGGGCCACCGUGCAUCUGCUUUGCCUCGCGGCCUCCAGCGGGGUCCCCCUGUUCUGCAGGAGCAGUCGUGGCGGCGCUCCCACCCGUCAGCAGCUCCCCUUCUCUGUCAUCGGCUCCCUCAAUGGAGUCCACAUGUUUGGACAGAAUUUGGAGGUGCAACUGAGCUCGGCCAGGACUGAGGACACGACGGUGGUGUGGAGAAGUUUCCAUGACAGCAUCACCCUUAUCGUCCUGUCAUCUGAGGAAGACACCUCAGAGCUGAGGCUGGAGAGACUGCUCCAGAUGGUAUUUGGGGCCAUGGUUCUUUUUGUGGGACUUGAAGAACUGACAGAUAUCCGCAACGUAGAAAGACUGAAGAAGGAAUUAAGGGCCAGUUAUCACCUCAUUGACAGUUUUCUGGGGGAGUCUGAGCUCAUCGGGGACCUGACCCAGUGUGUGGACUGUGUGAUUCCUCCAGAGGGGUCCUUCCUGCAGGAAGCACUCUCCGGGUUCGCCGAAGCCACAGGCACAGCCUUCGUCAGUUUGGUGGUGUCGGGCCGAGUGGUGGCGGCUACAGAGAGCUGGUGGCGGCUCGGGACCCCCGAGUCUGUGCUGCUCCCCUGGCUAGUAGGGUCCCUGCCACUGCAGGCUGCUCGUGACUACCCCGUGUACCUGCCCCACGGGAGUCCCACGGUCCCGCACCGGCUCCUGACCCUCACGCUGCUGCCGGGCUUGGAACUGUGUCUGCUUUGCGGGCCGCGCCCGUCCCUCAGCCAGCUGGACUCUCAGCUGUUGGAGCGUUGGUGGCAGCCUUUGCUGGACCCUCUGCGAGCCUGCCUGCCCUUGGGCCCGCGGGCUCUUCCAGACGGCUUCCAGCUGCACACCGACAUACUCGGGCUACUGCUACUGCACCUAGAACUGAAACGUUGUCUUUUCACUGUGGAGCCCCUGGGGGAUAAAGAGCCUUCUGCAGAACAGCGCCGGCGCCUCCUCCGGAACUUCUACACCCUGGUGACCACCACACAGUUCCCACCAGAAUCAGGGACACCAGAGAAGGCAGAGGAUGUGGUCCACCCAGCCCAGCUGCCCAGGGCCUGCUAUCUGGUGCUGGGGCCCGGCAGCGGGUGGCAAUUGGUGGCUCUUCAACUGGGGAUGCGGCUGCUGCUGCUACUACUGUCCCCUCAGAGUCCUACCCAUGGGCUGCGAAGCCUGGCCACACACACACUGCAUGCCCUCACCCCAAUCCUUUGA